GAGCUGUCAUUCAGAGCACUUAAGAGCCACCUGCAUUAAAGAUAGGAGUGGUAUUAUUUCUCAUAUUUUAUGCAGAGAAACAGGAAUGGCUAAUUGCUUCAAAUUGGUUUAUUCGCAUCGAGAACUGAAGAGCGAGACACACGCAAUAGAAGAAGAAAAAAUGAAGAACAGUAGUGGCUAUUUCAAUAGACGAAAUAAGCGGAAAUGAGAAAUGUCGGAAGCUUCUUACAGUUCAGCUCAACACAAGAGCGAUGACCGAUAGAUUCAAAAUACUGAGUUGAUAUAUCAUGGCCGACAACAGCACUACGUCACCUAACCCUCCCCAGGCUCCUGCUCUGACAGCCAGCAAUCUUGGUCUCAUUUUAUAUCUGUCUUUCUUGGUCGUGACUGCUUUGUUUGGAAAUGGCUUGUUGUUAACGGUAAUUGUCAAGAGGCAACUUCUACAAAACGUUCAUUACUAUUUCAUACUAAGUUUAGCUGCGUCAGAUUUCCUGAACGCUUUGCUAAAGAUUCCCACUACUAUUCUUGGAAGAUUUGACCGCAGCUGGUACCCAAGCUACAUCGUCUGCUACUUCACUACUCCUCUAGGGGUACUUUUCGGUGCAGCGUCCGUUUUUAGUUUGUCAGCGGUAGCCGUCAAUAGAUACUUUGUGAUUUCGUCACCGCUGAAUUACUCGGACAGAAUGCCACCUGUACUAGCCAAGAUCAUUCUGGCCGUGAUUUGGCUCAGCAGUUUCUGUCUGGCGACUCCGCCUGUUUUGUGGAGGGAAAAAGAAGCAAUAUGCCGAAGUGGGAACAUCUCUAAGGAACAUUACAUUUCCGAAGUGUUGUAUUUCUUUCUAGCUUUAUGGCUUUUCGUGAUCGUGAUUCCAAGCGUAGUUAUGAGCGUAUCGUACGUGAAAAUUUAUUUGAUCGCCCGUUAUCAUGCGCUACAAAUAGACUCACAAAACCAGGCCAGUUCAUUGCAACAACAGACAAAGAAGAGACGAAAGGAUUUCAAAGCUGCUGGGGUGUUAGCUGUGAUUGGUGGAAUUUUCAUUCUUUGCUGGUUUCCUUUCUUCGUUGUGCAGACGGUUCACAAGUUUGGUAAAAGGAAAAUCAGUCCGAUAUAUUUUAACGUUUUCUUAUGUGUCAUGUACACAAACUCGGCAUUAGACCCUAUUCUGUUGUUUCUAUUUAACGCCGAAAUACGGAGAGCAUUGAUAAAAAUGCUCUGCAGAGCGCUCUUCAAACCCAAGGCACUCUCUUCUCAAUCAGAACUGUCUUCGUUCCUCAAUCAAGGAACAUGACGAAAGAAAA